AUGUUGCCUGACGGGAAAUCAUCGUUCUUCCGCAAGAACAGCCCCUACAAGGAGCGCGGGCCCACCAUGACGAUACCCAACAUCCCAAAAGUGACAGACGAGCGGGCCCGCAUGAAACUGCUGUGCGACUACGAGAAGUAUGAGCCGGAGCUGUUCAAGCACCACCUCGGCACCCCAGAGACAACGCGCACCAUCGGCCUCAAACUCGUCCCCGUCGACUUCGACCGCCGCGUGCCGUCGCGCAAUGAGCCUACCAUCGCCGAGCGCGAGCUGGAGGCACGCAAGAGAAACAAAAACCAAAAGAAGUCAUCCCUCACAGGCCCAGCGAGGAAGCGCAUGGCGGAUUCGCACAAUGCCGCCGUACCAGAAGCGGCAGCAGUGGCAGCAACGAGAAGUGAGCAUACCAACCGAUUGAGCUCUGCGCGGGCGUCGUCGCACUCGCCAAACACGGCAUCCGUGCCAGUGCCCGAGCACGUGCUGCCGCCCAGUGCGCGCAGAAACGGCUCGGCGCGCAGUGGGGAGUCGCUGACGACUUCAUAUUCACCAACUGAUGCGUUGGCAGGAGAAAAGCCAAAGGAGGCAGCCUCGGGGCGAACGUCGCCGAGGCGAGUGCAACCGCGAACGCAGAGGUUAAGGCCACAAAAGCCGCAAAAGCUGCCACAAGAUGCUGGGGGUGAAAAGGAUUUGCUGGACACCAAGGUGGUGGAGAAGCUGCUGCAUUCUGUGCCGCCUGCACUGCGAAAGGGUGACAACAGCCCCAGCAUCCCGCAAGUGCCGCCUAUUCGGAAACCAGAGGAAGUAUUGAAUGCGGAGCGCUGCGGCAACCUGCUCCGCGUUCUGCUCAACACCCCACCGGAAUUCAGCGAGUCGUUCCACUUGGACCUGCGAAACAUUGACCUUCGCUGGAUGCGGGGCUCGCGCUACCCCGAUGCUCUCGUGACACUGCAGACGUGGCGUGGUGCUGAGAAGAAGAAUGACAGCAUCCAAUCGCUUAACUCCCCACGCUCCGUUAUCGUACUGCUUCGUAACGGCAUCGCGAUGGAAGACUUGCUGCCGAGCGAAAUCCGUGACGACGAUCCACUGCUUCCAAAAGACCAGGAGACGAGGCGGCUGGUGAAGCAAAUGCGCAUGGAGCGUGACUUGCGGACCCGCGAGAGCCUGCUGCAGAAACUGCGUGACGAGUAUGUGCCACUCUGCCGCGCCGUCAAUCUGGCGGAUGUGCUGAAGGCGUUCCGCUCCACUGAGAAGCGAGAGAACUCAGUGGAGCUGCCGACAUCGAUCAAGGUGGGGCACGAACGGCGGCAGCGCAUCCUCGAGACAUCGAAGAAGCAAAUGGAGAAGCAGCUAGCCUUUGUGAAGAAUGUCCACGAGCGCCAACUCGUUGCCGAGGAACGCCAUCGAAAGGUAGAGGAGGAGGCACGGGCGAGAAUUGAGCGGAAAAAGGAGGAGGAGCUCCUCGCUCGCCAGCGGGCAGCGGAGCGCCUCGCCACACAGCGGCAAAAGGCGGUGGAGAUGGAGGCAGUCUACCAGAAGGAGCUGGAGGAGCGGCACGCACGUGCGGAAGAGAAGAACGCCAGGCGGAUCGAGGCGCAGCAGCGGCUGAUUGAGCAACGGCGUGCAGAGCGGAUGAAGAUGGCGGAAGAGCGUCAGCGGCGCUUCGAGCGCAUCGCAGAGCUGCAGGAACAACAGAAACUACAGGUGCAGCGGAAGUACGAAGAGAAGGAUGAUAAACUGCAGCGCCUGCGCGAGGAACAGGAACGCAGGCGGGAAGAUAUGCACCAAAAGAUGUUGGAGAAGGCAGCCAAGUCGGUGGAGUUGCGCGAGUUGGCCCGUCAGCGUGCCGCUCUGCACGAGGAGCGGGUUCGGCAGGCGGCGGCGGAGCAACAGCGGAAGGUUGAGGAGCGCCUUUUGCGGUUCCACCACGACACGGAGGAGGCACGUGCCAAGCGGGCCCAGCAGGAGGAAGUGAAGCGCGAACGCUUUAAGGAGAUCAUCAGCAUCGCUGACCACAAACUCGCUACAUUCAAGGAGGAAGUCUUGGAGAAGCAGAUGCAGCAUGAGAAGAACUUCAUCGAGAUACAGCGCCAGCGACAGGCGGAGCUCUUGGCGAAGCGUGAACGCGAACGUGAGGAGAUGGAGGCAACCGCCUUCGCCGUGGUGCGGAAUAAGCGCAUGACGGAGUUUGAAAAGCUGGAGAUGGUGCUUCGGCUUCUCUCCAAGCGGGACGCGGCGGUGUUCCUCGAGCGGCAGCGAGAAUUACUCUUGCAUGAGACGCACAAGAGCCGUGAUGCCAUGCUGGAGGAGAGAAACAUGCUGAAAAAGCAGAUAUCACAGCAGACGGAGCUGCUGCAUUGA